CAGCUGACAUGGGGUGGCAAUACAUAUGUAAAACAGCUAUAUAAAUUAAAACUCUCCAGUGCAAAAUUCAUAAUAAAAUCUAGAUCAAUAACCAAUCUUUAUAUCAACUAAAAUCCCUUCAAACAUUACUAGCUACUUACAUAUCAAGAAAUUAAAAUCAUGGGGUUUCGUUUGUUACCGAUGAUUUCCAGUGUCAAGCAAAUCUACAAACUACAGUCUGCUCUUACAAGGAGUCAUUCAGAUGUUCCUAAAGGACAUUUUGCAGUUUAUGUAGGAGAAAUGGAGAAGAAACGGUACGUUGUGCCCAUAACGUACCUGAAUCAUCCUUCUUUCCAGAACUUAUUAAGGCAAGCAGAAGAAGAAUUCGGCUUUCAUCAUUCAAUGGGUGGUCUAACAAUACCUUGCAAUGUGGAUGCAUUUGUUAAUGUGACUUCUCAAUUAAACAGUUUAUGAAUCAAGAACAGCAUGAAGCAACAUCCUAGAAUUCAAAUUAGAGUUUAGAAUGAAAAUUUUUACUUUUGGUUUUUCCUCUUGCCGGGCAAGAGUUGUAAACUUAUGUACAAAGCCUACAGAAAGUUUUACCAAUUUUUGUUGUCUUUGAAAAUGGAUA